UCUGCAGCACCCGUGCCUCCCGCAGCCCCCCAUUCCCCCAGAUACUACCAUGUCCUCUACAGAGAGCACGUACAAGCCCAGAUAGCCUGGCAUGGAGAGACAUACUGCCUGAUUGGAGGCUGCCAUGUCUAUGGGGAUGCUCCGCUGGCCACCCCGGCAAAGGCUGAGGAAGAGAAGCCAGCACCCAGGCGGGCUCGCAAGAGACAGAGAGUUCAGGAGGAGUCAGACCAAGAUCUAAGAUGUCCUGUGCUGCGGAUCAAAUCCGGGACUUCCUGCAUGCUGGGCAAACGCUCUACCAACUAA